UUAUUUAGGCAGUAGGGAGUUUCUGCUGGGGUCUGGAUUGGAGUGAGACACAGACCGGACCCUACCGUGUAUGAGUGGUGUCUGAGGAAAAAGAGGAUCCCUGCCGCAAAGAAUCUACAUGUCUAAUAUUUAGACAUGUUCAGCUUUGUGGAUAUUCGGUUAGCGCUUUUGCUCAGCGCAGCAGCGCUUUUGGUCAGAGGUCAAGGCGAGGAUGAUAGGACAUUCGGCAGCUGCACAUUAGACGGACAGUUGUACAAUGACAAGGACGUGUGGAAACCAGAGCCCUGCCAGAUCUGCGUGUGUGACAGUGGAAACGUCAUGUGCGACGACGUGAUCUGCGAGGACUCGUCCGACUGCGCCGACCCCAUCAUCCCGGAGGGAGAGUGCUGCCCCAUCUGCCCCGACUCCGAUGAUGGAGCCGUGACUCCAGAUUACCAGGAGCCAACAAAGGGAGAAAAUGGCCCCAAGGGAGACCAGGGUCCUCCUGGUGUUCCUGGCAACGAUGGACUCCCUGGACAGAAUGGCCUUCCUGGGCCCCCUGGCCCCCCUGGCCCCCCUGGCCUUGGCGGAAACUACUCUCCUCAGAUGAGCUAUUCUGACCCAUCCAAAUCCAGCGGCCCACCUGUUCCUGGCCCAAUGGGUCCUAUGGGUCCCCGCGGUACUCCUGGCCCCUCUGGUCCCUCUGGUCCUCAGGGAUUCACUGGACCUCCUGGAGAGCCCGGUGAGCCUGGAGCAGCUGGUCCCAUGGGUUCCCGUGGUCCUGCUGGUCCCCCAGGAAAGAACGGAGAUGAUGGUGAGCCCGGCAAAGCUGGUCGCCCUGGUGAGCGUGGAGCUGCCGGCCCUCAGGGAGCUCGCGGAUUCCCUGGAACUCCUGGACUCCCCGGCAUCAAGGGACACAGAGGAUUCAACGGUCUGGAUGGAGCUAAGGGAGACACUGGACCUGCUGGACCUAAGGGAGAGCCUGGUGCCUCUGGUGAGAACGGUGUCCCUGGUGCCAUGGGUGCUCGUGGCCUUCCUGGUGAGAGAGGCCGCCCUGGACCUCCCGGACCCUCUGGCGCUCGUGGUAAUGACGGCAACACUGGUCCUGCUGGACCCCCAGGACCUACCGGACCUGCUGGUCCUCCUGGAUUCCCCGGUGGUGCUGGUGCAAAGGGAGAGACUGGUGCUCAGGGAGGCCGUGGAGCCGAGGGACCUCAGGGAGCCCGUGGUGAGCCUGGCAACCCCGGACCCGCCGGUCCUGCUGGAGCUGCUGGCGCCCCUGGAUCUGAUGGCUCUCCUGGUGCUAAGGGUAGUACUGGUACUGUUGGUAAUGCUGGUGCUCCUGGUUUCCCUGGUGCUCGUGGUCCUGCUGGAGCUCAGGGAGCUGUUGGUGCUCCUGGACCCAAGGGUAACAAUGGUGACCAUGGCCCCUCUGGUCCUAAGGGAGAGCCUGGUGCCAAGGGAGAGCCUGGUCCCGCUGGAGUUCAGGGACUUCCUGGCCCCUCUGGUGAGGAAGGAAAGAGAGGUCCUCGUGGAGAGCCUGGUGGUGCUGGACCCCGUGGACCCCCUGGAGAGCGUGGUGCUCCUGGUCCUCGUGGUUUGCCUGGUUCUGAUGGUGGUGCUGGUGGCAAGGGAGCCCCUGGUGAGCGUGGUGCCCCAGGCCCAAUGGGUCCUCAGGGAGCCACUGGUGAGUCUGGAACCCCUGGUGGUCCAGGUGCACCUGGAUCCAAGGGUGUGACUGGUAGUCCUGGAAGCCCUGGCCCUGAUGGCAAAUCUGGACCUGCUGGUGCUCCUGGACAAGAUGGCCGUGCUGGACCUCCUGGCCCAGCAGGAUCCAGAGGACAGCCUGGAGUUAUGGGAUUCCCUGGGCCCAAGGGACCUAAUGGUGAGUCUGGUAAGCCUGGCGAGAGAGGUCCUGCUGGUGCCGCUGGCCCUGUUGGUGCUCCUGGCAAAGAUGGUGACGUUGGAGCUCCUGGACCCUCUGGUGUUGCUGGACCUGCUGGAGAGAAGGGUGAGCAGGGACCUGCUGGUCCUCCUGGAUUCCAGGGUCUUCCCGGACCUCAAGGUGCUACUGGAGAGACUGGCAAGCCUGGUGAGCAGGGUGUUCCUGGUGAGGCUGGACCCAAUGGCCCUUCUGGACCAAGAGGUGACAGAGGUUUCCCUGGUGAGCGUGGUGCUCCAGGUGCCGGUGGCCCAAUGGGACCUCGUGGUGCCCCUGGACCAGCUGGUAACGAUGGUGUUAAGGGAGAGCCUGGUGCUCCUGGUGGACCUGGUGCUCAGGGUUUGACUGGUAUGCAGGGAAUGCCUGGUGAGCGUGGACCUUCUGGUCUCCCCGGAACCAAGGGAGAGAGAGGAGACGGCGGUGGCAAGGGAGCUGAUGGCGCCGCUGGCAAAGAUGGUGUCCGUGGUCUGACUGGACCUAUUGGACUACCUGGACCUCCUGGUCCUCAGGGUGAGAAGGGUGAGGGGGGCCCUGUUGGAGUUGCUGGACCCACUGGUCCUCGUGGUUCCCCUGGUGAGCGUGGAGAGACUGGCCCUGCUGGACCUGCUGGAUUUGCUGGGCCUCCUGGUGCUGAUGGUCAGCCUGGCAACAAGGGAGAGACUGGUGACACUGGACCUAAGGGAGAUGCUGGUCCCGCUGGACCUCCUGGACCUGUUGGAUCUUCUGGUCCUCAGGGACCUGCUGGUGCUCCUGGACCCAAAGGUGCUCGUGGUGGUGCUGGUGCCCCUGGUGCUGUUGGUUACCCUGGAUCUGUUGGAAGAGUUGGACCCCCUGGCCCUGCUGGAGUUGCUGGACCUCCUGGACCUGCUGGACCUGCUGGCAAAGAUGGAGCAAGAGGAAACCGUGGUGAGACUGGCCCUGCUGGUCGCCCUGGUGAGGCUGGUGCUGCUGGACCUCCAGGACCCAGUGGAGAGAAGGGAUCUCCUGGUGCUGAUGGAUCCCCAGGUCCCGCUGGUAUCCUUGGACCCCCAGGUGUUUCUGGACAGCGUGGUAUUGUAGGUCUCCCUGGACAGCGUGGAGAGCGUGGUUUCUCUGGUCUGCCUGGACCGGCUGGUGAGCCUGGAAAGCAGGGACCUUCUGGACUUGUUGGUGAGCGUGGACCCCCUGGACCUGCUGGUCCCCCUGGACUGUCUGGUGCUACUGGAGAGGCUGGUCGUGAGGGAUCUGCUGGUCACGAUGGUGCCCCUGGUCGCGAUGGACCUCCUGGCCCUAAGGGAGACCGUGGUGAGCCUGGCCAGUCUGGACCCCCUGGACCUCCUGGUGCACCCGGUGCCCCUGGAUUUGUUGGACCGUCUGGCAAGAAUGGUGACCGUGGAGAGACUGGUCCCGCUGGUCCUGCUGGUCCUGCAGGCCCUGCUGGUGUCCGUGGACCUGCUGGCCCUGCUGGUGCCAAGGGAGACAGAGGUGAGACUGGUGAGGCUGGAGAGAGAGGCCACAAGGGACACAGAGGAUUCAGUGGCAUGCAGGGUCUGCCUGGAACUGCUGGACCUGCUGGAGAGAGAGGACCUGCUGGUGCCUCUGGACCUGCCGGACCUAGAGGACCUGCUGGAUCUAAUGGUUCCCCUGGUAAGGAUGGUGUGAACGGCCUGCCCGGACCCAUUGGACCUCCUGGACCUCGUGGUCGCAAUGGAGAGAUGGGACCUGCUGGUCCUCCAGGACCUCCUGGACCCGCUGGACUCCCUGGAGCUCCUGGCGCAGCAUUUGAGUUCAACAUCCAGCCUGCUCAGGAGAAGGCCCCCGAUCCCCUGCGCGGAGGCUACCGUGCUGAUGACCCCAACAUGAUGCGCGACCGCGACAUGGAGGUUGACACCACCCUCAAGACUCUGACCCAGAGGGUUGAGAAGAUCCGUAGCCCCGAUGGCACCCAGAAGAACCCUGCUCGCAUGUGCCGUGACCUGAGAAUGUGCCAGCCUGAGUGGAAGAGCGGCACCUACUGGGUCGAUCCCAACCAGGGCUCUCCUCUGGAUGCCAUCAAGGUCCACUGCAACAUGGAGACUGGUGAGACCUGCAUCUACCCCAGCCAGUCCAGCAUCCCCAUGAAGAACUGGUACCUCAGCAAGAACAUCAGAGAGAAGAAGCACAUCUGGUUCAGCGAGUCCAUGACCGGUGGAUUCCAGUUCCAGUAUGGCAGCGAUGGAGCUGAUGCUGAGGACGUCAACAUCCAGAUGACCUUCAUGCGCCUGAUGUCCAACCAGGCCUCUCAGAACGUCACGUACCACUGCAAGAACAGCAUCGCCUACAUGGACUCCGCCACUGGCAACCUGAAGAAGGCCCUGCUCCUCCAGGGAUCCAACGACAUCGAGAUCAGAGCCGAGGGCAACAGCCGCUUCACAUACAGCGUCAACGAGGAUGGCUGCACGACACACACUGGCUCAUGGGGCAAGACAGUCAUCGACUACAAGACAUCAAAAACAAGCCGCCUGCCCAUCAUUGACAUUGCUCCUAUGGAUGUUGGUGCACCUGAUCAGGAAUUUGGCGUUGAAGUGGGCCCUGUUUGCUUCUUGUAAAAAGUUAAGAAAUAUGGACAUGACAUUGUUGUUUUUUUUCUAGCAGUCAUCUCUAAAUCCUUUUUCUAUGCAUUCAAAAACUCAUUCGGCUGCCAUUGGUCCACAUGCUUAAAACCACUCUACUGAAGACAGUGUUUGUACUUUUUACAACCAUGAGACGUUCUUUUUUUGGGACUGCUACUACAACUGAAACCAACCAAACGGAGACUUUAAAAAGAAUCAUUUGUUUCCACUGGCAACAAGAAAAUAAUAUAUAACUUGUGUAAAAUUUUCCCCUGGAGAUUGAGAAAAAAAAAUCGAUCCACGCGACGCAAUGAAACACAGGUGACGUUUGCCAUUUUCCACCACUGCGGAAGGACACUGAAAACAACAAAUGAUAUGUACCAUUUUUCCUGGUGUUAAAUAAAUUGUAAAAAGUG